CACUAAUAAUAGUACCCCUACUCUUUUUACCUGCGCAUUAGUACUACACCUGUAGUAAACAAAAAUUCAUUGAAUCGAAAUCUUUAUUGUUUAAUUUGCAGACGUGUCAAUAUUUAUUUUGUGUUUAAAAUAAUAGAAAAAUGGCUAGAUACUUUAAAGAACAAGACAUCGAUGAAUUUAGAGAAUGCUUCUACCUAUUUGCCCGUUCGGGACAUAUCAAAUCCCUCGAUGAGCUCACUGUAAUAAUGCGAAGCUUAGGGCUGAGCCCCACUAUAUCCGAACUUGCAGGAUAUUUCAAGCAAAAGAAUGGCAAAAUGACUUUUGCCGACUUCCUAGAAGUAAUGCAUGUCCACUCUAGAGUGGAAAACUUGCCGAAAGAAAUCGUGGACGCAUUCAAAGCCGCCGAUCCGGAAAAUCGCGGUACCAUCCCAGCAAAGCACUUGAGACAUUUGUUGCAAAAUUGGGGCGAAAGGUUAUCGGUCAAAGAAGUGGACAGGAUUUUUCGGGAGGCCAACGUCACCAACAACAACGCUAUGGUGAAAUAUGAAGAUUUUGUUAAAAUUGCUUGUGCCCCAAUACCUGACUAUUAUUGAAUAUUAUUACAUAAAAACUUACCUGCCUGUGGUUUAAAGGGACAUUUCAAAUUUGCACUGAACUUGUGUAAAACUGUUACUGAAUACUAAAUGCACUUAAGGUCAAGUCUUUUAUCAAUUGGUAAUUAGUUAAAUAAAUAUUAGAACGCAUU